AUGACUUCAAAAGGCAAACAGCUUCCACAUGAGCGGCGGAAAGGCGAAUCUGCUCUCAGUGAAUUCGCGGAAUAUGUUGAAAAGCAACAAGCACUUCGAUAUCCCUCUCAUUCUACUGCCAGUUCAACCACAGCAGGUCCAUCAACCACCGCAUCAUCUACCACUUGUGUCGAGGAUCAUGCCGAGCUUACGGAUAUCUUAAAUUCUCUUGAUAUAGCAGAUACUAGUCCUCAAGUACGAAUAAAAGAUCUACUGCUCUCAACUGAAGACGAGAAAUUGACGGUCCUUCAAAAUGUGUUGGAGAUGCGAUUGGAGGAGGGACAUGGAGAGACUAUCUUUGAGAUUGGAUUCGAGAAUAACGGUGAUAUAAUGGGAAUGAACAGAGAGGAGUGGGAUGUUGCUCUUAAAAGAUUAAGAGAAGCUGCAGGGAAAUGUAAUAGUGAUUGUCAAGUACUUUUGACAAAAGGAGUGGGUGGCGAGGUAGAGGGCGAGAGUGGAGAGUCAAAAGAAAAAGAUUGUACAGGAAAGAUUCUAAUACGACAACAUCCUGCUAGUGUGGAAGAGGUCAUCGAGACAAGAAUUGCCGUGGUAGGAAAUGUUGACGCGGGCAAAAGUACCAUGUUAGGUGUAUUGGUGAAGGGUGGAUUGGAUGAUGGAAGAGGAAAAGCAAGAGUCAAUCUCUUUCGACAUAAACACGAAAUCGAAAGCGGAAGAACUAGUUCUGUGGGAAUGGAAAUCAUGGGUUUUGAUACCAUGGGGAAAGUUAUCGCAUCCGAUGUUCCAGGGAGAAAAUUAUCAUGGGAAGAAAUUGGUAAACGAUCAGCGAAAGUUAUCUCCUUCACCGAUUUGGCUGGUCAUGAACGAUACUUACGAACCACCGUCUUUGGACUUCUAUCUUCAUCCCCAAAUUACUGUUUACUGAUGGUCGCUGCAAAUAAUGGUCUCAUUGGUAUGAGUAAAGAACAUCUCGGUAUCGCCCUCGCGUUGAAUGUUCCAGUUAUGGUUGUCAUUACCAAAAUUGACAUUUGCCCUCCUCAAAUUCUUGAACAAACCAUCAAACAAAUUACUGGAAUAUUAAAAAGUCCUGGAGCAAGGAAAAUUCCAAUUUUUAUCAAGAAUCGAGAGGAAUGUAUUAAUACCGCCACUCAAUUCGUCAGUCAACGGAUUUGUCCAAUCUUCCAAGUAUCUAACGUCACUGGAGAAUCUCUGGAUCUCGUUCGAGCAUUUCUUAAUAUUCUCCCUCAUCAUGGUCAUUAUGAUGCCGAGGCACCUUUCGAAUUUCACGUCAAUGAUACCUUCUCUGUUCCAUUCGUAGGAACUGUAGUAUCAGGGAUUGUCAAAUCAGGUGUUGUCCACGCCGGUGAUACUGUACUCAUUGGACCCGACUCAUUAGGUCAAUUUACAACCACAACCAUUCGUUCCAUUGAACGUAAACGCAUACCAGUCCCAGCUACAUCCGCUGGUCAAUCAGCCUCUUUCGCACUGAAACGAGUUCGGAGAAAAGAUGUUCGAAAGGGAAUGGUGGUUCUUCCUAAACUCGAACAUAAUUCCCCUAAAGUCUAUCGAGAAUUCGUCGCGGAAGUUUUGAUUCUUUCCCAUGCGACCACUAUCAAGACGAAAUAUCAGGCGAUGUUACAUGUAGGACCCGUUAGUCAAACAUGUGCCAUAAUUGAUAUUGAUCGAAGUUAUAUCCGAACAGGUGAUAGGGCAACAGUUGCUUUUCGAUUUGUGCAAAGACCUGAGUACUUGGCUCCGGGUGAUAGAUUGUUGUUUAGAGAAGGUAGAACGAAAGGAUUGGGAAUCGUGAAGAGUGUAGGUUAUGAUCCGGCAAAACCGUUAGGAGGUGUUAAACCUGAAUCUGAAGGUACAGACACGGAACCUGUAAAGACGGAUGUCCCAGCUGAGGAAUCAAAAGCUACUUAG